UCUCUCCCCUCUUUCUGUGGAAAAAAUAGCCGCGAGCCUCAUUCCAUCUAUACCUAUAUAUAAAUACAAUAGCUCGACUUUAUUUUUUUUUUACCUCCCACCAACUGGUUCGUGGUUCCACUUCCACUCAUCGAGCUUUAGAGAGCACCUAAAUUUCCAAAAUCCAUACACUUGUCUGCCCUGCGAUUCCCUCACCUGGAUUUCAUUUAUCGUGAUUCAAGUUUUCUAACUUAGGUUUCUAACAUCUCUAUUGAUUUUCAGUGUUCUAUCGUUUUAUUGAUAUUCUGGGAAUCACAAAUGUCGGAGAAGUUCUCGCCGACUCUGCGGAUCGGCGAUCUCAAUGAUUUUAUCGCUCCGUCGCAAGCUUGCAUUGUUUCUCAGAAGGGUCUGAUACUGACGAAGCGGGAGAAAACAGAGAACCAAGAGAAGAUUGGUCCUCCAUUCAAGCCCUCACAAACAGAACCAGUUAAAAUUUCACUUAAAGACUGCUUAGCAUGCAGUGGCUGCAUAACAUCUGCUGAGACAGUUAUGCUUGAGAAACAAAGUUUAGAUGAGUUCCUCUCUAGCAUCAGAUCCGGAAAGGCUGUUAUUGUCUCUGUCUCCCCGCAGUCAAGGGCUUCCUUAGCUGCACAUUUUGGCCUUUCUCCAUCUCAGGUUUUCAGGAAACUUACCACCUUUUUCAAGUCCUUGGGGGUAAAGUCUAUAUUUGAUACCAGCUGCAGUAGGGACUUAUCACUUAUUGAAGCAUGCAAUGAGUUUGUUGCACGGUACAAGCAGCAUCAUUCAACUGAUGGUGAAGGAUGCAAUAUGUCCCUUCCUAUGCUUUCGUCAGCAUGUCCAGGUUGGAUUUGCUAUGCGGAAAAAACUCUUGGAUCUUAUAUUCUUCCUUAUAUUUCCAAUGUGAAAAGCCCCCAACAAGCAAUUGGAGCUGCCAUCAAGCACCACAUUUGCCAAAAAAUGGGUUUUACGCCUGACAAUGUCUACCAUGUGGCUGUGAUGCCCUGUUAUGAUAAGAAGCUUGAAGCUGCUAGGGAUGAUUUUGUGUUUUCAGUGGAACUUCAAGGAGAAACUGGUGAUGACAAGGUUAUAAGGAUUACAGAGGUAGAUUCAGUCUUGACAUCUGGAGAGGUCUUGGAAUUGAUAGAGUUAAAAUCCACAAAUUUCAAGGUUUUGGAAGAGUCUCCUCUAGAUAGACUGCUGACAAAUGUUGAUGAAGAAGGACAUCUUUAUGGGGUCCUUGGAAGCUCUGGAGGUUAUGCAGAAACAAUUUUCCGCCAUGCAGCCAAGACACUCUUUGGAAAAGAGAUAAAAGGUCCUCUUGACUUCAAAACAUUACGGAAUUCUGAUUUCCGGGAAGUGACUCUAGAAGUAGAGGGGCAAACUGUUUUGAGAUUUGCACUUUGUUAUGGCUUCCGGAACCUUCAGAAUAUUGUUAGACAAAUCAAAUUUGGGAAAUGCAAUUAUCAAUUUUUGGAGGUUAUGGCAUGUCCUUCAGGUUGUUUGAAUGGUGGAGGUCAAAUUAAAUCAAAGCCUGGACAGUCUGUUAAGGUUUUGAUUCAAUCGUUAGAAACUAAAUACAUGGAAGAUAUUUUGGUAGCUGAUCCUUUUGAGAAUCCUUUAGUAAAGGGCUUGUAUGACGAGUGGUUAGACCAGCCUGGCUCUGAGAAGGCUAAGCGGUAUAUGCAUACAACAUACCACCCCAUUGUGAAAAGUAUUGCUUCUCAACUUCAUAACUGGUGAGCAAUUCUGUGUACUGCUCAAAUGUACCACUGGUGAGAAUUCUUUUGGUGCCCCCAAUUCCUGUCCAAAUGAACAACUCUGCUGCUUUGCCAUCUCUGCUCGGGUUCACUUCUGGUAGGAUGUGUCAUUCUUGCUAUCUGGUGCGACAAUGGAUAACCUUGUUGGUGUAUUGAUACUUUUGCAUUACAUGGCAAAGUGGUUUGACAUCCAAUUUUGAGAAGGGGGGCGAGAGGGAAUUGCUAUAAAUGCUGGAUCUCCAGACACUUUGUUUCUUUACUUAAUCAUGUUCAUACCUGUAAUCAAAUAAUUUUCUUGUUCUAUUAUUUUUCUUAUUUUGUUUUGUUUUAGAGGUAUUAAUGAGAGGGGCUGUGUCUAUUAACAUUAUUGUUUUCAUCUAUAGAUCUUAUGUAUCUACUCAAUGUAUAGUGCGUUAAUGAGUAGAAUUGCUUCAAGGAUCUACACUCCAUUGAGGUGGGGAUAACAAAAUUUAAAUUUCAAAUAGGGGCCUAAUAAAGGCAGAGAAAGUUGAUAUGAAGGUGAAUUGCUUCUUGAGCGAUGGUAGCUAUGUACUAUUUGUUGUUGGUCUUGA